AUGGCUCUUGUUCGACCCUCUGUCCGGGCUCUGCCGCGACAAUUGCUGAUCAUCCACCGCAACUCGUCAACAAGCACCUCCGUGACCCAGAACAACGUCAAACGACAACAAAAGAAAGGCCCCUUGUCCGGCAUUACAGUAGUCAGUCUUGAGCAGGCCAUUGCAGCACCAUUUUGUACCCGCCAACUGGCUGAUCUCGGCGCUCGCGUCAUCAAAAUCGAACGCCCCGAGGUAGGCGACUUUGCCCGAAACUAUGACACCCGCGUCAACGGCCUCUCUUCACACUUUGUCUGGACCAACCGAUCCAAGGAAAGUUUGGCGCUCGAUGUCAAGAAUGCCCGCGACCAUCGCAUACUCAUGCGACUGCUCUCCCGCGCAGAUGUCUUAGUCCAGAACCUCGCCCCAGGAGCAAGCGCCCGACUAGGCCUGUCAUUCGCAGACUUAUCCGAAAAGCAUCCAUCUCUGAUCGUCUGCAACAUCUCUGGCUACGGGCCGGACGGACCUUACCGCGACAAGAAAGCAUACGAUCUCCUCAUUCAAAGCGAAGCGGGUCUCCUCUCCGUCACGGGGACCGCCACCGAGCCAGCAAAAGUUGGUAUCUCGAUUGCGGACAUCUGCGCGGGCAGCUACGCAUACUCAAAUAUCCUUGCUGCCUUGUUCGAGCGGGAAAGAGACCCCGAGCGCCGUGGACGCAAUAUUGACAUCUCCAUGCUGGAGAGUAUGGUCGAGUGGAUGGGAUUUCCCAUGUACUACACCUACGGGGACCAGCCGGGCCCAACACCUGCAGGUGCGUCGCAUGCGGCGAUCUAUCCGUAUGGGCUAUUUGAAACAGGCAAGGGGACGGUCAUGCUGGGGAUUCAGAAUGAGCGGGAGUGGGCUAAGUUUUGCGAGAUGGUGCUGGAGAAGCCGGAGAUGACGACGGAUGAGCGCUUCUGUAAUAAUUCCUUGCGGGUGAAGAAUCGCGAUGCAUUGAGGGAAACGAUUUGUAAAGUAUUUGCAGCUUACUCUGCUGAGGGGGUAUUACGGCGCCUGGAUGAGGCGGGUAUUGCGAAUGCCAUUGUGAACGAUAUGCAAGGCGUAUGGAACCAUCCGCAAUUGAGAGCCAGGCAGCGCUGGACGCAGAUACAGACGUCUGCAGGGGCUGUGCCAGCGCUGUUUCCUCCAGGAAUGGGGCCCGAUGGGUUUGAAGCUCAAAUGGGUGCAGUGCCGGAGAUUGGACAGCAUAACGAGGCCAUAUUGGCUGAAUUGGGGAUGGAUACAGACAUAGGAUAA